GUGGCUGGAUGGGAUUUUUUUGUUUGUGAUUCAUCGGUACUGCACAGGUAAGAGUGACUAGUGGACCGUGAGGACGUUCUUUUUUAAUCAUAGACUGUUUAUAGUGAUUUGCAUUAGUGUGGAAUAUAUUAUUGUGUGCGAUAAUGAAGCUUUCCUACACACUUGUCGCAAUACUUGCGACAUGCCUCAUAGUUGUAGACACGAAUGGAGAACAAAAGGCAAAAACGAAAAGAGAGAAGAAGACUAAUAAUGUAAGAACAUCACGACAACUGAAUAAUAGUAAAAGCAACAAUGCAGACCAGAUGGUACAAAAUAUCCUUAGAUGGCUACAAGACGUGUACGGACAACAGAGCAGAACUAGUAGGUCAUACUACACUGGGCAGCAGUUUUCUCCCUAUGGCUUUACUUCAGCUAAUAAUUUUGGCCAACGCGCAUUUCGACAAGGAUCUCUAAGAGAAUAUCUUCCACCAACAAACUCACAAAAACCAAGACCAUUUGAACCGAGACCAGGUCAGGGUUCUGGAAUAGAUGAUGAAGGAAACUUUAUAGAUCGUGGCUAUCCACCAGCUGGAAGUAUCACUCCUCAACCACCUUUUAACAUUUAUACCAACCCUGCCACUGGAGGAAUUACUGGUAUCAGUUCUCCUGGAAUUUCUGGAGGAGACUAUUCCACUGGACCUGGAAGUACCGGUUAUCCUACUCAAACUCCAACCAGACCUCCAUAUCAACCGCAGAAUACCUACGUUCCUCCAUCAACAUACUAUACCAAUGGAGCAAGGGGUUAUACAGAUUCUACUGGAGUUACGCAAAGGCCAGGAUAUACUUCAGAAACAGGGCGACCACCUUAUACUAGUGAUACACAAACACCUGGACAAACCUCUCCUGGUUACACAGGUUAUCCAACUUCUUCACCAUCAGGAUUUACAGGUUAUCCUACAGGAACCUCCCAAGGUUCGACUAGGUAUCCAACAGGUCAGACAGGUUAUCCAACAUUCCCAACAUCUUCACCUUCUGGAUUUACAGGUUAUCCUUCUGGUGCUCCUACAGGCCCCAGUUUUCCUACUUAUAGACCUGGAGAAACAGUUGGACCAGGGGAUUUCAGGACUCCUUCCAAUGAAUUUACUGGAUACCCAACAAGUCGUCCAACAGAACCUUCUGGAUUUACAGGUUAUCCUUCUGGUGCUCCUACAGGCCCCAGUUUUCCUACCUAUAGACCUGGAGAAACAGUUGGACCAGGAGAUUUCAGGACUCCUUCCAACGAAUUUACUGGAUAUCCAACAAGUCGUCCAACAGAACCUACUGGAUAUCCAACGGGCCGUCCAACAGAUACUUCAGGAUACACAACAGGCCGUCCAACAGAUACUUCAGGAUACCCAACAGGUCGUCCAACAGAUACUUCAGGGUUUCCAACAGUAAAACCAACUGAAAGUCCAGGAUAUACAACUAGUCGUCCAACAGAGACCUCCGAAUAUCCCACUGGCCCCCAAAUUGAAUAUACUUCAGGACGUCCAACUGUAAGCACAGAAUUACCUACCGGACCCCCCUCAGAGUUACCGACAUCAUCUUCAACAGGAGUACCAAGUUACGUUCGUACCACUGAACCUCCAACAGAGUCCUCAUCUGCUGGUGUUCCUGCACCUACAUCGCCAGGUGUUUCUCCACCUGCACCUGUUGAAGAAGAAACUGAAACAACAACUCAACCGAUAAUUGAACUAACAACAAGUGAAAGCUCUGCUGAACAAACCACAGCAAGUACUGCUUUGCCAACAGCGGCUCCUACUUCAGAAGUUCCUGAGCAAACUGCUUCACCAAAUGGAGAAUCUGGAAUUAUAGAGAUACCAAGUGACGAAGACGAAAAACAUCCCCCGCAUAUUCAUGCUUUGGAUGUAGAAUGCGCCAAAGAUAUGAUGACUAUAAACAUUGAAUUUAAUAGGGAAUUUAAUGGAGUUAUCUAUUCAAAGGGGUAUUACAAUAUGCCAGAAUGUCGGUAUGUCAACGAAAAUUCUGGAAAAACUAAAUACUCUUUCACCGUUAACCUUAAUAUGUGUGGAACUGAAUUCAUAAAUGCUUUCGACACGGAAGGACAAAGUUAUCUUCAGAAUGUUUUGGUCCUUCAGAAUGAACUAGGUAUACAAGAAGUCUGGGAUACAGUAAGAUCAGUUCGCUGUCUUUGGGAGGGCAAUUUGAAAGAGCAACUCAGUGUGACACUUAUGGUCGGCAUGCUUUCUCAAGAAAUUGUGACUUUCAGCGGGGAUACCGCCAUGGCUAAAUUAGAUGUGCUCUUAGGAAGAGGUCCAUUCGGUCAGCCUGUUAACGGAUUAGUGAAAAUUGGUGAACAAAUGACUUUGGUUGUAUCCGUAUCUGGAGAUCCAGGUUUCGACGUUCAGGUUAAAGACUGCAGAGCUACAGAUUCAGCUGGAUCUAGCAGUGUCGCUCUAACCGACGAUAAUGGAUGUAUAUUAAAACCGAAACUAUUUGGAUCUUUCCAAAAAACAAGAAACACUGGAGAUUCAGGGGCCUCCAUAAUUGCCUAUGCCUACUUCAACGCAUUCAAGUUCCCAGAUAUAAUGGACAUCAUGAUAGAAUGUAACAUUGAACUCUGUAAAACUGAUUGCGAAAUGUGCCCGGAUCCAAAUCCUCAAUUGGAACCUGCGAAGAGACGAAAACGUGAUGUUUCUUUAGGAAAUGAAACUCUUCAUGAUUCUGUGCUAAUGGCGAAACAUCUAAGGAUCGUCCUUCCAGAAGAUUUAGCAGCAGCAGUAGAUAUAGCUCAGCAUGAUGGCGUAUGUAUGUCUACACAAAGUUUUGUCUACGGAUCUUCAAUAUUAAUAUCUCUACUCACUGCAAGUAGUUUACUAAGUGCCUAUUUGUGGUUCACGUCACAAAAAUUAAGAAUGUUGAAAAACUGAAAGUUUUAUUAGUAGUGUAAGUCAAAUACGAAAAAAUUGCAAUAUUUUGGUAAAUGUAAAUGUGACAAAAAAAGUGCCUUUUCAAUUUUGUGUUGGAUAGGUAUCUGGAGAUCCAAGGUACAACACCACAUUUUUCAUUUUGCAUCAUUAUAUCCAAUGUAUAUAUCAUAUGUGGGUGUUAUAACAUCUCCGUUUAUAUUUCUCUAUGGUGCCUCGUCUUGAAACAUUUUUACAAUUUUCUUGAUCCAGUUGUUGGUUUUAUCUAAAAUGUGGUAUGGCAUUUUUCAAAAUUGCAAUUUUUACUUUACAACGUGAUUUUAUCUGCAAGAUUACAUGUUGAUAAUGUACUUGUUGCAUUAUAAUCAUUAAAACAUACGGAGAAAGUUACCAAACUAGGUUUGUUCGAAUGAGCUAAGGAAAGAAGUGACACAAACAAUAAAAAGUUGUAAAUAUCUAUAACCCAAUUCAUAUCUUAGGAGCUAUGUUAAGACGGAACCCCAUGGAAUGUGCCGUGGCACUCUUCACCAGUUCAUGGAACGUAUUCACUCGAGUAUCGAGAAUAAACUACUAGUGUUGGCGGUAGAAAUUUUAGUAAGUUGGUUAAUUCAUACAAUAAUAAAAACUCCAACACAAUGUCGUUAGACCACUCCAUAAUAAAAUUGCCAAAGUACUGACUGUACCAGUUCCUAUCCGAGUCGGAAAGGUUGGAGGGGACAUACCUGGUCUGUAUCACCUUCUGAAUUCCUUUGAACCGUGUUCAUUUACUGGCAAACGAUGGGAAGCUUCGCGACGAUCCAUACCGGUCAUAAAUAGAGGGUUCGGUCCUAACCCAAGGAUCCUAAAUCAUAAAUUUUGGGGGAAAUUACUGGAUUUCCCGUUGCAUUGAUUCCCGUCUUUAGUUUUAUCUUUUUCUAUUACAUAUUUUAUAUUUCUCUUGGCGUGCCACACCACGUUUCAUGUGAUACCAGUUUUAUAAUCUAAAAUCCACUUUAUCAGUUAUUAAUUUUUAUAAAGUACUAUUCGUUGGCAGCCUAUUAGUAAGAGAUUUAAAAAUGCUCCUCUUUUUAAGAAUUUGAUUUACAGUAUUUAAAAGGUAUUACUAAAUUUAUGAAAGUAUCUAUUUAUUAAAGAUAUAUCACACUAAUUAUUGAAAUAUAAAGAAAAUAAGGAAACGCAAGGAUUAAAAUAUUCUAAAUUCUAGUUAAAUUAAUAAAACAUUCAGGUAUUUUUUAAAUAUGGUGUAAUUGCAUCCAAAAGGCAAAAUUUGCAUAAAAUGUCAACGAAAUAUUACUAAAGAGAAGGCUCACAGUGCUUACCACUUUACUUACUGUCAUCUUGUUUUUCACUCUUACACAAUAACAAAUAUGCCAAAUAAAUAACUGCAUUGCAAUAUAAACUGCUCGUCAACAGUGGGGAUAUUGCCUAUCAGAAAAUUAUUUAAAAACAAAAAUAAUCAAACGUAUCUAAAUGAUAAAAAAUUUCUAUUAUAAAAGAAAUUAAGAUCACUGCAUCUCGUUUGUAUCAAAAAUCUACCAACUUGAAAAAGUUUCGUAAAAAAAAAUAAAAAACUAAAAUUGACAAAAUUGCUUCUAACAAAAAAUUGUUUAAUAUAAUAUGGUCAGUCCCUCAGGGGCCUCAAUAACUGCUUGGCAACGUAUUGGCAUACUUUCCACUAAAUUGUUAAGCACAUAUUAGAGUUUCUUAAUUGCCGAAGAGUUUCAGGGCAUGGCUCGUGUGCAUCUAAGUGGGGGUCCACGAAAACUUUAUAGUGAUUUGGUAUUUAUUUAGACAAAUUUGCAUUUUUUUAUCGUAAAAUAUCAAUGGAAAAAAUAAUGUUUUAAUAGUAGGGCCUCAAAAAUGUCACUACAAGGUAUUAUAAGAAGAUAUUUUGAUUAAAAACAAGUUUUUGAUCAAAUUUUAGUGUAGAAAACGUUAAAAUACAUUUUCCUCCAUUCCUAAAAUACAUGUCCUUCUAUUUUAUUGAUUAUUUCAUUCAUCGGAGAUUCUGACCAAUAGAAAGCUACAGAAAUAAAAAUUAAAUUGAUUAUUUUUUGAUGAUUUUACUUCCAAUUGUAUAGUAAGCUCACGUGUUUAAUUCUGUCCAAUCAGAUUAAAAUUAUACUGAGAAUUAUAUACUGUAGAAAAAAACCGAUAGAAUUUUUUUAAAUAGAUUGUUUCCGUUUAAUGGCAACCAGUUUCCUAGUUUUGACAACUGUCACAUUUAAGAAAGUAUCCAUAAUAUACGUAUUAAAAAAUAAUCUUAACGAAUAUCACACGAUAGUAAGAAUAAAUAAGAAAAUAAUGCUUCAUUUUUACUCAAAUUUGUUGUCAUUGGGCAAUAGCCACUCGAGCCCUGCGGGCUCUCGUGUCUAUUGCCCGACAACAAAUUUUUGAACAACUGUCGCAUUAUUUUUAAUUUAUUCUCACUCUCUUGUGAUAUUAUACCCGAUAAUUUUUGAUUAUUUCAUUUAUAGGAGAUUCUGACCAAUAGAAAUCUACAGAAAUAAAAAUUAAAGUGAUAAUUUUUGAUAAUAUCCCGUCGUCAAGUAUAUUACAUCAGAUAUGCCCUUCGUUGCUACGAAAAAAUACAUUCAGUGACAUUAAUGACAAUUAAUGUUUUAAAAAUUGGUUAUAAAAGUGAUGACUUUCAACCGUUAAAUAUUUAUAACAACUGGUUUUAACAAAAUUUUGGUUUUGAACAGUUUUAUUCAUGAAAUAAUCGCAGCAAAUUGCACUCGAUCUCUAAAAUUAUUAUCGAGUUUUUGGCCUCGUGAUACUUUGACAUAAUUGCUACUGUCAUAAUUGCUAAUACUGUUGAAUAAAACUGUCAAAGUGUCACUCGGGAAAAAUUCGAUAAUUUUAGAGCUCUUGUUCAAUUACUACUGAAAAUUUGCCCACAGAUAGCCAAAACACAGGACUUUAAGUGGUUAAAAGAAUUUGUAUAGUUGUACAGUACAAAAAAAAUAUGCAAAAUAAUUUCAGAGUCAAAAAUAUAGGCGUCUGCUGUAAGUACAAUUAACACGAAAAAUAUCAUCGACCGUACGAAAAAAUGGUUAAAAUAAAUUGUAAUAAUUAUUGUAAACACGAUUUAUUUGGAAAAAUUUCAGUUUCUACUUUUUUUGUUGAAAAUUUGAAAAUGGCGGAGAUAUUGAACAAAAACCACUGCUAUCAAACCAAUCAGGUAUUAUGCUCGCGCCUUUACGCCAGGUAUUAUACAUACUACCUGAAAUAUUGAUUUUAGCAAAAAAAUGAAAGAGAUCAAAAUUGUAUAAAAUUUAGGAACUUAAGGAAUUUAGGAAUCAAAAGUUUUGGGAAUAUAACCAGUUAGUAAAAAUGUAGCAGCAGGGGGUCCACCGAAACCAGUAAAUUUUUUAAAGUGGUCUUCGAGAAAAAAUAAUUUGGGGGCCUCUGCUCUAGACGAUAAGAAUAUAUUAUCGUUACAAACAGCUCUAUCCUAUUAUAUACUAUAGACUCUUAAUUUGAAUUAUAAGCUCAGAGCUCAGCUUUUAAAAAUACAGAUGCAUGAAAAUGUAUAAUGCCAAUGGAAGCUGCUGUUUUUUAUUCUUAAAGAAUUUAUGUAAUAGCGUUGAUUGAGGUAUUGGACGGAUAUUGGACCCAUAUCAAUAUUUCAAUCAACGGUAAUAGCAAAUGAUCAAAAUCAUUUUAAGGAUUAAAAGCAUUUAGAAUAUUUAAAUUCAUAAAAAAUUGCCAUUGUUUCCGUAACUCAGAAUAAUAAUAUCAAAUAUAUAUUUUUUUAAUAAAUGAGUAAUGAUUCGCCGAUACUUUUUGUGUAUAUAGCAUUGAUUUUAGCAUAAUAAUUUCAAAUUAAAUGAAUAAGGUUUUAGAUUGUUUUAUAUGUCAGAUAAUUUAUAUUUUUUAACUAGUGGCACUGGUGCUAUUUUUCGUCAAAUAGAAGAUACUUCAUCUUCAGAAGAUAUCAAUAGGACUUAUAUGAUACCAGCGCUAGUAGUUUCUUUGAAAUACCAUAGUUUAAUAUAAAAUACUGCCAUUAAAUGAGUUUCAGCCAGUAUAAGUAUAUUAAUUUAAAGAAGUAACGUUUAUUUUUUUUAACAUUGAUAAAUAAUAUUAACGAUGAGAUAAAUGUUGCUUAUUCUUUAUUGUAUAAACUUUUUUAUCUGCCAGCUCAAUAUACGAUUAAUAUUAAACGUACUUAGGUUAGUUUACCAGUAUCUCUUAUGCCGCUAUAUUAAGUAAUAUGUAGAUAUAUUUCCUUAAAUUAUUUUUUACUCUAAAUUUGAUGUAAGUAUAUUUAUGUAAAUAAAUAUUUAAUAAUAUAUAAAA